CCCCAUAUAUCCCCAUAUAACCCUAUUACUGCCCCAUAUCUCCCCAUAGGACCCUUUGAAGGCCCCAAUUACCACAUUGCCCCUCGCUGGGUGUACAACAUCACGUCCCUCUGGAUGGUGUUUGUGGUGCUGGCGUCCAUCUUCACCAAUGGUUUAGUGCUGGUGGCCACGUGGCGCUUUAAGAAGCUCCGUCACCCCCUGAACUGGAUCCUGGUGAAUUUGGCCGUGGCCGAUUUGGGGGAGACGGUGAUUGCGUCCACGAUCAGCGUCAUCAACCAGAUCUCGGGGUACUUCAUCCUGGGGCACCCCAUGUGUGUGGUGGAGGGAUACACAGUGUCUGCGUGUGGUGAGUUAUGGGGCAGCUAUGGGGCAGCUAUGGGGCAGCUAUGGGGCAGCUAUGGGGCAGCUAUGGGGCUGGGGGUUAUGGGGCUGGAGGUUAUGGGGUACUUCAUCCUGGGGCACCCCAUGUGUGUGGUGGAGGGAUAUACAGUAUCAUCCUGUGGUGAGUUAUGGGGCAGAUAUGGGGCUGGGAGUGCUUGUCGCCCCAUAAGUGCCCCCCUUAGGUACUGGCCCCACGGGCUGAAGACGUCGUGCGGCCCCGACGUGUUCAGCGGCAGCUCGGACCCCGGGGUGCAGUCGUACAUGGUGGUGCUGAUGGUCACCUGCUGCUUCUUCCCCCUGGCCAUCAUCGUGCUCUGCUACCUGCAAGUCUGGCUCGCCAUCCGCGCCGUGAGUCACAGGGACACACAGUCGGAGUCGACUCAGAAGGCGGAGAAGGAGGUUUCCCGCAUGGUGGUGGUGAUGAUCGUGGCCUAUUGUUUCUGCUGGGGGCCCUACACCUUCUUCGCCUGCUUCGCCGCCGCCAACCCCGGUUACGCCUUCCACCCGCUGGCGGCCGCGCUGCCGGCCUACUUCGCUAAGUCAGCAACGAUCUAUAACCCCAUCAUCUACGUCUUCAUGAACAGACAGUUCCGGAACUGCAUCCUGCAGCUGUUCGGGAAGAAGGUGGACGAUGGUUCCGAGGUUUCCACGUCUCGCACGGAAGUUUCCUCCGUCUCCAACUCCUCCGUCUCACCCGCCUAAAGCGCCGCUUCCGGUUCCGGCUUCCGACACGACUUCCGUUUCCGGUAUACGAUACACCGACUUCCGGUCCCGGCAUCCGAGAGAUCGACUUCCGGAUUCCGGCGUCAGCUUCCGGUUCCGGCCUCCGACGCGACAGCUUCCGGUUCCGGUCCCCGCCCCCCCUCCUCCCCGCUGUACAGCCCCGCGCCGCCCGUAGCCAAUAAAAAGGCUCCGUUCAAACUCCGAA